CCUCACACAUCACGCAUCGUCAACGUGGAGAUUGCAUUUCAUUGAACGGCAGUCUUGGAGCUAGCUAGCCUUCAGGUGUUCUCAAUUCUGUUGUGUCUUUGUACCGCCUGGUCUUCCUCCUGGGCAAGUGCAGCCCUUGUUCGAUCCCAUCCGGUAGCCAUGGUUCGGUUCGGUAUGGUGUCAGCUUCACCUGGCGAGUUGCGCCUCUACUUCCUGUGCCUCUACUUUGGCAUCGGUGCUUCAGUCUGGGGAUACAACAUUGGGGUCAUGUCCUCAGUUCUUUUCAACGUUGGUUUCGACGAUGCCACAGGCCACCUGUCUAUGGGCAUGAAGGGCAUCAUCAUCAGCGUCUACUACAUCGGAACAUUCUUCAGUUAUCUUCUCCUUUCUCACCCUAUCAGCGACUGGCUUGGGCGUCGGUACGCAGCCCUGUGUGGGACCGUCGUUGUGUGUCUAGGAGCCAUCUUGCAAGCCGUCAGCAAUGGCGCCACCGGAGUUGGUACCAUGGUCGCCGGUAGAGUCAUCAGUGGCCUCGGCGUGGCCAUCGUCUCGACUUCGGUGCCUCUUUACCAGGCUGAGAUCUCGCCGGCACAGAAACGCGGCCAUUUCGUGACAGUGAACCACGUUGGAUUCAUCGCUGGUAUCGCUACGGGUCUUUGGGUUGGUUUCUUCAUGAGAUUCUGGCGAUCAAGUGCAGGAUAUUUCUGGGGUUGGCGACUGUCUAUCUUGCUCGAGAUAGUUCCGGCCCUCGUUUUUGGACUCGGGUUGCCAUGGAUCCCCGAAACACCGCGAUGGCUUGUUGAGCAUGGCCGAAAAGACCAAGCGCGUUCGACACUUCGUUGGCUUCGUGAGGGUAGUUUCGAAGACGAUCAGAUCGAACAAGAAUUCGCCGGAAUUGCCCAUGAUGUCAACGAGUAUCACCUGUCCGGGACCAACUGGCUUUCCUUGUUCAGAGAGAAAGCUUUGUUUGCCCGUCUGUGGCGCGCGACCUUGCUACAGUUCAUGGCCCAGAUCUGCGGUGCAUCCGGCAUAAAAUACUACCUUCCGUUUCUAUUGGAACGUCUUGGGCUGGAUAUGAGGGUUGCUUUGAUGGCGAGCGCCAUUGAGAUGACGAUCAAAAUUUUCUUCACCGUUCUCGAGAUGUUCAUCAUUGAUCGAUUUGGACGAAAAAAUUGUCUCGCUGCUGGCUGUGUGGUCAUGGCUUUCUCACUAUUGAUCAACGGAGCUGUGCCUCUUGCGUAUGGGCACGAACUCAGUGAUGCUGCCAGUGUGGUUUGCAUUGUCUUCAUUUUCGUUUACGCCAUGGGCUUCUCCAUAGGUUUUGGGCCGGCUGCUUGGGUGUACAACACAGAGAUUUUCCCCACGGCGGUACGAGCUCGCGGACUCAACUUUGCUUCGGUGGGCGGCUCUAUUGGGGCCGGUAUCGUCAGCAUGAUCUGGAGUUAUGGUAUGGACGUUUUGGGCAGCAACUCGUACUUUGUUUUUAUGGUCAUAAAUCUCAUCUGCAUCCCGACUAUCUACACUUUUCUUCCGGAAACCAAGGGACGCGAGCUUGAGAACAUGGACGCACUCUUUGGUGCCGUCGAUAAGCCAAGGACUAACGGCGAAGACGCCUCUGCACAUCUCCUGCGGGACGACGCUCCCUACAGGGAUUCCGAGGAUUCGGCACCUGAUACGACGAGAGAUGAGGACCGUGAGCUAAGUCUCGUCCAGUAAAAUUCUCUGGUCUCUCUCAAGUAUCGAAACGAUUUGCUUUGAAGAGGGAAGAAUGGGGUGCUCCAUGGUUUGGACACCCUGGCACUGGUUGCUCUGGGGGUUAUUGUAAUUGGCAUAUUAGCCUACAACGCCUGCGGAACGUGGGAAUCAUUCGCUGAGUGAUGCACUUUCCGCAAGCUAGGCAUCUAGCCUGUUCAUCUUUGAUACAAGUUAGAGGACCGCGUGGUUGCGAACAGUUCAAUCUGGUACUGGUUGGGACCGUUGGGUCGAUAGACUUAGCUUUGGCCAGAAUCUUCGGGUGGCCGCCCUACGCAUAAUUGAAUUAUGGCGUUGAGGUCUCUGAUGAGGAAAUCACAAAGGCAUUUGUUGCGACAGCUUGAGCUUCACCCAGGUACGCGUAGAUGGUGCUGUUAUGAUAAGAUGAGGGUUGGUAUGUAUAGUAACCUAAACGCC